AUGAAUCCAGAUUAUGAUUAUCUACUUAAGCUACUACUGAUCGGUGAUUCGGGAGUGGGGAAAUCAUGUUUGUUGCUAAGAUUUGCCGAUGAAACAUUUAAUGAGACGUAUAUAAGUACUAUCGGUGUUGACUUUAAAAUACGCACCAUUGAUUUAAAUGGUAAGGUUGUGAAACUCCAAAUUUGGGAUACUGCUGGUCAAGAGCGUUUCCGAACAAUUACUUCUUCAUACUACCGCGGUGCCCAAGGAAUUAUAAUUGUGUAUGACAUAACAGAUCAGUCAACAUUUGCAAACGUCCAAAGUUGGCUCCAUGAGAUCAGUUGCUAUGCUAACUCUACAGUCAGCCGUCUUUUAGUGGGUAACAAGUGUGAUUUGGCGAAUCGACGUGCUGUUGAGACGUCUGUUGCGAAGGAGUUUGCUGAUAAAAAUCAAAUGUCUUUCAUAGAAACCAGUGCCAAGGAUGCUACUAAUGUUGAAAACGCAUUCUUAAAAAUGGCUGAAAAGAUUCAAGAAAAUGCAACACCAGUACAAAAUAUGUUGUCUUCUACUGUACCAGUUAAUAGUACACAACCUGUCAAAAAAAGUGGGGGUUGCUGUUAA